AUGGCUUCAAAAGCUAUAGUUGUCGCCAAUGCGUUACGCUCCCUCGGAAACACAAUCCGCGGAGUCAAUCCCUAUCUUAUACAGCAAGCUGUUAAGGCCUGCGUACUCCGCAGAGCCUACUACGGUGCAGAGACUUGGUGGCCAGGCCGGUCUCGCUCUGGUCCCGAAUCAAAGACAAUCUCGAACAGGGUCCAGGACCACCUUGACAAGAUAACUCGGGUGAUACUAGCUGGGGCUAGAGCGAUUCUUCCAGUUUACCGUACUACUCCAACCCCUACACUCUUCCGGGAGUCAGGACUUCUCCCAGCGGAGAUUGAACUAGACUAUAUAGCUUCUACUGCUACGGCCCGUCUCCGCCGCCUUGACCCCUACCACCCUCUCCGCAGAAGAGCAGAAAGGGUAACCCGAACUGGCCUCCAGGAUAGCCGUUUUGCACGCCGCGUGACAGCUCUCCCUGAAUCAGAACAACUAAACCCACUGCAAAACCCCCCCUGGCUCCUACAGGAGGCACGCGAGGCAAUUCAUCAGCGAAUCAGGGCCCCUAUAAAUAUACCCAAGAAGCAGGCAGCUGCUAGGUUUCAAAGAUUCUACGCCUCUCUUUUACAGACCGAUAUAAAGGUCUUUACAGACGGCUCGAAACUAGAAAACGGAAUGGCAGGCAGCGGAUAUGCCCUGUAUCAAUCGGGAAUGCUAUUUCAGCGGUCUUCCUUUUCUCUAGGACCGAAUAAAGAGGUCUUUGAUGCUGAAGCUGAGGCAGCUUUAGCAGGACUUAAAGCAGCUUUCAAAUUGGG